UCUCAAUCUCCCAUGGAAUGAAGAAGAGUCAGUCGACGAGGGAGCUGCUGCUUGUGGAUUAAUCAAAGUCGGAAUGAUAUACACUGAUCUUAUGGCUGAGGUCAAAGAAAACGCCUCCGGAAAAUUCUUGAGUAAAUUUGUGACAUGUAUCGUAACGGAAAACGAGAAUGGCGAGGUUGAUGUGCAUGAAUAUCAGGUUUCUAGUACUUGUAAGGCGAUAGUAGCUGCCGACAUUAUGUUCCUGAA